UGACAGUGACGUGUUCAAAUUCAAUUCACGAUAUAAACUUAGUAGAAUCCUUUUUAUUUAUUGAUUGAAUUGAAAUAAAUCAUUAAAGAAGGUGAAGAUAAUCACACAAAACCAAAAUGUCUACUAAAAGUAAAACGUUAGAUAGUGCAAGUAAAAUUAAAUUAAAUGAUUCAGUAUGGAAAAAAGCAUUUUCUUCAAACGCUGAAUGGCCUGACAAGGAGGAGUUUCUAGAUGUUAUUUAUUGGAUGCGACAGGCAAUAGGCAUUGUAUUGGGUCUUUGUUGGGGUUUAUUACCAUUAAAAGGAUUCUUGGGACUUCUGUUAUUUGUGGUUGUGAAUGCAGCAGUAAUAUAUUUCUAUGUAAGCAGUAUACAAAAUGUAGAUGAAGAAGAGUUUGGAGGAAUGUGGGAAAUAACCAAAGAGGGAUUUAUGACAUCUUUUGCUGGUUUCUUAGUCACAUGGAUAAUUAUGUAUACAGGCCUACAUGGGACUAGUAGUUUAUGAGACCAGUAUUGAAUUAUAGUGCCAACAUAGCCAAGACUCAAUUUUGGAAAUCUGGAAAAAUGAUAGCUGAUACUAUUAUGAAUGUUUUUUUAUCAACAUCAUUAUUUAAUUCUGAAGAAUGCUAAAAUAAUAUAGAGGACCAAUGUUUUAAU